AUGAUGAAUGACUCAGACUUUGAAAUAGAUGUCAAAGAUCUUCGAUCUUUGAUGGAGUUACGUGGCCAUGAGGCUCUUGAAGUUAUCAAUAAGAAAUAUGGUGGAGUUGAAAAUUUAUGUAAAAAAUUAAAAACUGAUACAAUGAAUGGUUUACCAAAUGAUCCUAUUGAAAUAGAAAGAAGAAGAAGAAUAUAUGGUAAAAAUGAAAUUCCACCUGUUCCAUCAAAAUCAUUCUGGAGACUUGUUUGGGAAGCAUUACAAGAUAUAACAUUAAUUAUUUUAUUAGCUUCUGCAGUUUUUUCUCUAGUAUUGUCAUUUUGGAAACCAAGUCAUGAGGCUAGUCCAGGAAGUGAUCCAAAUGAUACAGAAGUUGAAUGGAUUGAAGGAGUAGCAAUUCUUAUUGCUGUAAUAGUAGUUGUUUUAGUUACUGCAUUAAAUGAUUGGUCUAAAGAAAAACAAUUUCGCGGUUUACAAUCAAAAAUUGAAACAGAGCACAAAUUUUCAGUUAUUCGUGGUGGUGAAGCAAUGGAUGUAACGGUUCAUGAUUUAGUUGUAUCAGAUGUCGUUCGUGUAAAAUAUGGUGAUUUAUUACCAGCCGAUGGUAUUUUAAUUCAAAGUAAUGAUUUAAAAAUUGAUGAAUCAUCAUUGACUGGUGAAUCAGAUCUUAUAAAAAAAAGUCCUGAAACUGAUCCAAUAUUAUUAUCAGGUACACAUGCUAUGGAAGGAAGUGGUAGAAUGGUUUUAACCGGUGUUGGUGUAAAUUCGCAAACAGGAAUUAUUAUGGCAUUAUUAGGAGCAACUAGUAAGGAUAAAAAAGAUGAUGAAGAAAAAAAUGUCCCACAUUCAGAAAAUUUAUCUAACAUUAAAACACCUCCAUAUCCAGGAAGUGAAAAUGAUAGUAAAAAGAAAAAAAUUAGUAAUGCUUCAAUUAACGAAGAUAGUGUAACGAAGCAUAAAUCUGUAUUACAAGGAAAAUUGUCUGCUCUUGCAAUUCAAAUAGGAUAUAUUGGUUCAAUUGUAGCUGCCGCAACAGUUGCUAUAUUAAUUAUAAGACAUUGUAUAACACAUUAUUGGAUAAAUCAAGAAUCAUUUAAUAUAUCUGAUUUAUCUUAUUUUAUUAGUUAUAUUAUUGUAGGUGUUACAGUUCUUGUUAUUGCAGUUCCAGAAGGUUUACCAUUAGCUAUUACAUUAGCUUUAACAUAUUCUGUUAAAAAAAUGAUGAAAGAUAAUAAUUUGGUUAGACAUUUAGAUGCCUGUGAAACAAUGGGUAAUGCAACAGCUAUCUGUUCUGAUAAAACUGGUACAUUAACAACAAAUAGAAUGACAGCAGUUCAAAGUUAUAUUAAUGAACAUUUUUAUAAAAGUGAAAAACCAAAAUGGAAUUUAUUAAAUGAUAAAACAAAAAAUUUACUUGUUAAUUGUAUAUCAAUAAAUAGUGGUUAUAAUUCACAAGUUAUUGAAGGUAAAGCUGGUGAACAAAGAACUCAAAUAGGAAAUAAAACAGAAUGUGCAUUAUUAGGAUUUGUUUUAGAUUUAGAACAAAGCUAUAAUUCAAUUAGAAAAAAUACUCCUGAAGAUCAAUUAUUUAAAGUAUAUACUUUUAAUUCACAAAGAAAAUCAAUGAUGACUGUUAUUAAUUUACCUGAUAAAAAAGGUUUUAGAAUAUUUGCCAAAGGAGCUUCUGAAAUAAUUUUAUCAAGAUGUAAAUAUAUUUUAGGAGAAAAUGGUAUUAUUAAAAAAUUUGGUCAAUCUGAAUUAGUUGGUAUGACAUCAAAUGUUAUUGAACCAAUGGCAUCAGAUGGACUUAGAACAAUUGGUUUAGCUUAUAAAGAUUAUGUUUAUGAAAAUAAUGAACAAAAUGAAGAAUUAAUUGAUGGAACAAUUGAUUGGGAUGAUGAAGCUAAAAUUAGAGAAGGAAUGACAGCAAUUGCAAUUAUAGGUAUUCAAGAUCCUGUUAGACCUGAAGUACCAGCUGCAAUAGAAAAAUGUCAAAAAGCUGGAAUUACUGUAAGAAUGGUUACUGGUGAUAAUAUUAAUACAGCUCGUUCAAUUGCAACAUCAUGUGGAAUAUUAAAACCAGGUGAAGAUUUUUUGGCAUUAGAAGGAAAAGAAUUUAAUGAAAAAAUUCGUGAUGCAAAUGGAAAAGUUUGUCAAGAAAAAUUAGAUGCUAUAUGGCCUAGACUUAGAGUACUUGCACGUGCUCAACCAUCAGAUAAAUAUGUCCUAGUUAAAGGUAUGAUUGAUUCAAAAUAUACAAAAAAUCGUGAAGUUGUUGCUGUAACAGGUGAUGGAACAAAUGAUGCACCAGCAUUAAAAAAAGCUGAUGUUGGUUUUGCAAUGGGUAUUGCUGGGACUGAUGUUGCAAAAGAGGCUUCUGAUAUUAUUCUUACAGAUGAUAACUUUACAUCAAUUGUUAAAGCUGUUAUGUGGGGUAGAAAUGUUUAUGAUUCUAUAUCAAAAUUUUUACAAUUUCAAUUAACUGUUAAUGUUGUUGCUGUUACAAUUGCUUUUAUUGGUGCAUGUACUGUUAAUGAUUCACCAUUAAAAGCUGUACAAAUGUUAUGGGUUAAUCUUAUUAUGGAUACACUUGCAUCAUUAGCAUUAGCAACAGAAUAUCCAACAGAAGAUUUACUUGAUAGAAAACCAUAUGGAAGAACAAAAUCAUUAAUUUCAAGAACAAUGGUUAAAAAUAUUGUUGGUCAUGCUGUUUAUCAAUUAGCUAUAUUAUUUUUCCUUUUAUUUUUUGCUGAUCAAUUUAUACCAGGUGUAACAAAUGGACGUGAAGCAGCAUUAGGUUUACCACCAUCAAAACAUUUUACAGUUAUAUUUAAUACAUUUGUUCUUAUGACAUUAUUUAAUGAAAUUAAUUCUAGAAAAAUUCAUAAUGAACGAAAUAUAUUUAAAGGAAUUUUUACAAAUCCUAUUUUUUGUACUAUAUGGAUAAUAACAUUUAUAUCACAAAUAUUAAUUAUACAAUUUGGUGGUUAUUGGUUUAGUACAGCACCACUUGAUAUAGUACAAUGGUGUAUAUGUUUAGGUUUUGGAUUAUCAGAAUUAAUUUGGGGACAAGUUAUUUCUACUAUACCAUCAACAAUUUUACCAAAAUCAUUUUCAUUUGGUAGAGGUGAAGUAAGACCAACAAGUAUUCUUGUUACUGGUGAAUAUGAUGCAACUGAUGAAAGAAUACCACAAAUUGGUGAUGAUAAAGUUUCACAAUUUUCACAAGCUAGACCAGGUCAAAUUUUGUGGCUAUUAGGUUUAACAAGAUUGCAAACACAGAUGCGUGUCGUAAAAGCAUUCCAGUCAAAUAUAAAUUCAAGUCAUCCAUCAUCUUUAACAACAUCAGCAUCUGAAAGAAUAAGAAACAGUUUUAGAAGACUUCGUAUUGCAAAAGAACGUGAAUUGGCAAAGGCUUCCAGGACCAGUAGACAGGUUAAUGUCGAGGAACCAGAGAAAAAUUCAACCCAUAUAAAUUUAUCUUUUUCAAAUAAUUUGAAGAUAAAGCCUAAUUCGAUACAAUAA